AUGUCGGUUAGUGGGUCUCUUGACUUUAUAUUGACGUAUAAAUUAAAGAGGCUCAAAGGAGUGAUCAAGGAGUGGAAUCUUCCAGUGUUUGGGAAUAUUCUUUCUCGGUUGAAGCAAGAUCAAUUGAGAUUUGAAACUGUAGCUCUUUGUUCAGAUGAAGACCCUAAGGAUAUAACGAAGCUUAAUAUUAUGAAAGAUGCUAUGGCCAAGCUUAGUGAUACGCGUCUGCAGCAACUUAGUAUGCUUAAACAAAAAGCAAGAAAUCAGUGGCUUGUGGAGGGUUCAAGCAAUACUAAUUUUUUCCACAAUAACAUUCGUAUUCGUAGAAGCUCUAAUACUAUUUCUGAAUUAGUAGAUGGUGCUGGUAAUACUAUUUCAUAUGAUUACCAACUUAGAGAUCAUGUUGUGCAUUAUUAUGAAGACAAGUUUAACGGUCCGGAGUUUGACUGUGAUCCUAGUUUAUUUGAUUAUGAGCACAUCAGCAUCUCGAAGGAGGAAAGUCUAUCCAUGGACAGAAUUCCAACACCAGAGGAAAUAAAGCAAGUAGUUUUUGAUUUGGGGGCCGAUAGUGCUCCAGGUCCGGAUGGUUUUUCUGUUUGCUUUUAUCGUCAUUGUUGGGACACAAUUAAAGAAGAUUUGAUCAAGGAUAUCAUCUUUUGUUGGAAUACUGGUCAUAUUCCAAAUGGCGUCAACUCUAGCAUGAUCAUUUUGUUACCCAAGGUAAGAGGUGCAAAUACUCUUCGUAAUUUUCGUCUGAUUGGUCUUAGUAAUUUUUUCUUCAAAAUUUUUACUAAGAUCUUGGCAUCUAGACUUGGCAGUGUUUUGGACAAUCUUGUUUCUGAGGAACAAGUCGCUUUUAUGAAAGGGCGUAAUAUCCAUGAAAACAUUAGCCUAGCUUCUGAAAUGGUCAAUGAGAUUCAUAUUAAACGCAAAGAUGGCAACAUUGUCCUUAAGCUUGAUAUCUCCCAAGCUUUCGACACAGUAAGUUGGUCUUUUGUAAUGGAAGUUUUUCGUAGGUAUGGUUUCUCCGAGAAGUGGUGCACUUGGAUUCUUCAUAUCUUAAAUUCUGCUAGAAUCUCUAUUCUCUUGAAUGGCAGUCCGGAGGGUUACUUCAAGAUUAAUAGCGGUUUACGUCAAGGGGAUCCUCUCUCUCCUUUGAUUUUUUUCUUGAUUGAAGAUGUUCUUAGCAGAAAUAUAACGAAGCUUUUUCCUGAAAAGAAGAUGUCGCACAUGGUUACAAGAGGUGGCAUUUCUCCUACUCGUCUCUUUUUUGCUGAUGACAUUAUGAUUUUUUGUAAAGGCAAUUUACGAAGUCUUCAUAAUAUGGUGGAUUUGUUGGGUAAAUAUCAGCGUGCUUCAGGUCAAAUUGUUUGUCGCCAAAAUAGUAAGAUUUAUUAUGGAGGAGGUUCUUUGAGUAGAAGAAAAUAUCUUGCUGAUUAUUUGGGGAUGAGUGUGACUAAUUUGCCAGACCGUUACUUGGGAGUGAAAAUUAUUCCUGGUACUGUUAGAUAUCACCAUAUUUUUAAUGUAGUUGAGAAGAUCAAGGUUCAACUUGCUGGCCAAGUUUUUGGUAGAAAUGGUUGCAUCAAGACUUAUGGGGUUAAGUCUACCAUUCUCCCGGGUAUUAGAAAAGUGUAUAACACUGUGGAGGCUAAUACCAAGGUACUGUUAGGUGAUGGCAAGUCUACUUAUUUAUACUAUGAUGCUUGGUAUGGGGAAAGAUCUGUUGCAGAUAUUUUGAAUGAUAACACGCUGGACAGAUUGGUGAUGGUGAGUGAUUGUUUGAUUGCUAAUCAGUGGGUAAUUCCUGACGUGCAUAUGGAACGUUUACUUGCCGCUGGUCUGGAGAUGGACAGGCUUCCAUCUCUUCUUGGCGGGCCUGAUACAAGGAUUUGGAUGCCUAAUUUCUCUGGCGUGUUUAGUGUAAGUUCGGCCAAAGAACUUAUUCGUCAGAAGCAUGCUCGCGCGUGGAAUUGGAUUUCAGAUAUUUUUGGUUUAUCUGCUAACUAUAAUCUUGUUGUUUCAUUCAAAAUAGCCAAGAGUAGAAGCAAAAUGAUACGGGACAUGUGGUUGGUUGUAAAACUUGUUGUCAGGUCGGAGCUGUGGGCUAUGCGCAACAAAUGCGUUUUUGAACGCAAAAAAACCAAUUGGAACCUGUUUUACAAGCAUGUUUUGAAGCUGAUUCAAGAUUAUUCAGUCCGGCUUAGGGGAUAUAUGCUAAAUAGCGCUGAAGAUGUUAUGAUUCUUGAUUAUUUUCGAGUGGUCCAUAGCGUCAAGCAUCAGCAACAUGUUGAAGUGUUUUGGCAACCUCCAGAUGAUAAUGAGCUCCAGAUUUGUUGUGAUGGACCGGCGCGGGGGAAUCCAGGCAUUGCAGGAGAUGGGGUGGUGGCUAGAGACGCUAAUUGUGCAGUACUUGGAGCUAUGAGUAUCAGCCUUAGUGUUACCUCUAAUUACUUGGCAGAACUUUAUGAAAUUAUUGUUGGUUUGGAGUGGGCUAUGCAAUGGGGUUUUGAGCGUAUUUGUGUACGAUCAGAUUCUUUUGGUGUGGUAGAAGCUUUCAAAAACUCUUCAAUCCCUUGGUUUUCAAGGAGCAGAUGGAUGGCAAUUUGUAGGCAUUAUGUAUCUAUAAGCUAUAGAAAGGUGAAACAUUCAGUUCCUAAGGAAUGUUAUUGGGCGCCGCCAAAUCAUAACGAGUUGUUGUUGUGUACUGAUGGUGCAUCAAGAGGAAAUCCAGGAGUGGCGGGAGCUGGUGUGGUGGAGAGGAAUACUAGUUCUGAAGUUGUAGGAGGUAUGUGCAAUUGUUUAGGCAUCGCUUCAAAUUAUAUGGCAGAGUUAUAUGGUUUUCUUGCUGGUCUGGAAUGGGAUACUCAAUGGGGUUAG